UUGUAAUUUAAGCGCAAAUUGAUGACGGGAAAAGCGCCUCAUUCCGUCUUUGCCGUAGGUGUUAAACGAUGUGACAGCCUUCUGCUGGUCUUGAAACGCCACAUUUAAAACAGGCUGUUAAUCAGCAGUUGUCUAUACAAGCAGACACUGUAAUGACUUUGUCAGUGGCAGUAACAGAGCGCAGCGCCGGAGCGGCACAUUGUCAAGUUACUUUCGCGCAACUCGGAUUAUCGAUCGCUUUGAUUUGCUCCGACGCCUAAAAAAAGAUCUGAUUUCUUUGCGUCAUUUUGGUGGCUAUCCACAGAGUCUCCAUCGAAAAAUAAAGUACCGUGAUGGUGAAUAACCGUGUGGAGUCGUCAGCUGUGGCUGUAACAGGUGGAGGAGGAGGUGGAGGUGGAGCAGGCCGAUCUUGUGCCGGCUGUGGUGGCCGCAUCUCUGACCGCUUCCUGCUCUUCUCCAUGGAGCGCUAUUGGCACACGCGCUGCCUGAAGUGCUCAUGCUGCCAGGCACAGCUGGGUGAGAUCGGCACCACCUGCUAUAGCAAAGGGGGCAUGAUUCUCUGCAGGAACGACUACAUCAGGUUGUUUGGACACAGUGGGGCUUGCAGUGCAUGCGGUCAGUCGAUUCCAGCCAGUGAGAUGGUGAUGAGGGCACAGGGCAAUGUCUAUCACCUGAAGUGUUUCACGUGUGCUACAUGUCGGAAUCGCCUGGUGCCCGGGGACAGAUUCCACUAUGUUAAUGGCACCAUCUUUUGUGAGCAUGACCGGCCUGGAGGAGGCAUGCUCAGCAGUCACCUGGCUCCACUGCAGAGCAGCACGCUUCUUCCUGACCAGAAGGUAUGCUAAAGGGACAAGGACUGAACACAACGCAGCACAGCGUGCCUUCUGUUUUGUCCUCUUUUUUCUCUUCAUCUUUUCUCCCUCUUCUUCAUCUUUACCUUCAUUAUGCGGAUGAACACACCUUAACGGACUCUUAAAACGGGGUUUUGCUUGAAAACAGAAGUUCAUGUUUUCGAACAAAUUUCUCUGAAGCUUGAAGAGCUUCCUCCUUCAUGUUCAGGGUAAGAUGAGUGAGCAGAGAAGUUUAAAGUUACUGUUAAUGUUGGCUCUGGGAUGGUAUUAACUGAACCCUGCUGAUAAGCCCUAAACACAGAGGAUGAGGACAGGAGUCCUACAAUUCCCAUUCUUUUUUCAAGACUUUUUAAUGACACCAUGGAUGUUACGUGAAACUUUCCUGAAAGUGGAGUGCGGUGAAUGCUGUUACUUCUAAUGGAUAAUACUGAUUGUUCUUCCUUCAAACACAGAGACAAGACAUUUUUAGGGUUUGUGCGCGGUAAAAACAUAAAUUGCGUAACUUAUGAUUGUGUGCGUUUUGUACUGCUGGUGUUUGCCUGUUUCACGGAGGAGUUGACAGGAGUUCAUGUUUCUGUUAGCCUGAUAUUCUGAUGUCCUUUUUGGGAAACAAGGAGAAUAGAAUACAAAUGUGUAUAUAUUCUUGUCUUUUACCAUUGUAUUGUGUGCUCAGCAGCUGCAUUUUGUGUUUCUGAGCAAAAGUGCAUUUAAAAUGAUAUAUCUGUAAAGAUACAAAAAGUACUUAUUAAAUAACUAUAACCAAA